CACUAAUAUGUAUGGUGGUAGUAGUAGUAGUGUUGGUGGUGGAGACCCACCUGACGUCUGGCAUCCUCGUGGUGGAGAUACUGCUCCUCCGGCUAACCCAACCGCCAAUGGCUCGGACUCCGCUUCUGGGGAUGGGAGUUGGGGUGGCUCUAACUUGGGCACCAGUUUCCCAACUCCAAAGGAGAUCUGUAAAGGCCUUGAUAAGUUUGUUAUUGGUCAACAAAGAGCUAAAAAGGUGCUCUCUGUGGCACUAUUGAUACUGCACAAAAGUAAGCACAUUUGA